GGCGGACGCGCAGCGCAGAGCGCCUCUGGGCGGAAGGUUUGAAGGCGAUUUUCACGGUGUCAGACGGAGUUCGCUCUCCUCUUCAUGGUGAGGAAAUUGAAGCAUAGAGAAAAAAAAUCGGAAUCAGAUAUCAGAUUAAUUCCUUAAGUGGUAGAGCUGGGGUGAAAAUUUGGGCAGUGUGGUUCCAUAGCUCACACCGUUAUCCACCACAUGAUUCUGGCCAAUCAACAAGUUCCAAAAGAUGAGUCGUGGGUAUUCAGAAAACAACAAUUUUCUGAACAAUAACAGCCAAAUGGUGUUGGACAUGAUCCUUUAUCCAUUAAUCGGAGUCCAUCAGACCAUCAAUUGGGAAACUGUGGCAAGACUUGUGCCUGGAUUAACACCUAAAGAGUGUGCAAAAAGGUUUGAUGAACUGAAGAGCAGUGGGAGUUCACCUGUUGACAACCAGUAUAAUACCCUAAUGGCUACUGGAGAGAGUCCUAUUGAAACUUUAGCCAUGUAUAUUAAAUCCUCACUUCUUGACACACAGGGAGAAUUUCAGGAGACUCCAGUCGGUCAGGAUACAGUUUCCAAAACAGGAAGACAUAGUAUAGCUUCCACAAGGAAUUGUUCUUCAGAAAGUGAAAAUUGUACUACUCGUAAUGGUGGAGAAAAGACUGAAGAAACUGAAGGGCCAAACAUGGUGAUCCAUGUAUGUGAUGAAGCAAAAAACUUGAAAGAAGAUUUUAUUUGUCCACGAGAUCUUUUGAUAUCAGAAAUGAAGUACUUUGCUGAAUAUUUAUCUGUGGAUGCCCAGCGCUGGGAAGAGGUGGACAUUUCAGUUCAUUGUGAUGUUCACAUUUUCAACUGGUUGAUAAAAUACGUUAAAAGAACCACCAAAGAGAAUAAAGAUUCUGAGAUCCCCACUUUAGAGCCAGGAAAUGUCAUAUCAAUUCUUAUUUCUUCAGAGUUUUUGAAAAUGGAUUCAUUGGUUGAACAAUGCAUUCAGUAUUGCCACAGAAAUAUGAAUGCCAUAGUAGCUACGCCAUGCAACAUGAACUGUAUUAAUGCAAAUCUUCUUACACGUAUAGCCGAUCUGUUUACACAUAAUGAAGUUGAUGAUUUAAAGGACAAGAAAGAUAAGUUUAGGAGCAAACUUUUUUGUAAGAAGAUUGAAAGACUCUUUGAUCCUGAGUACUUGAAUCCAGAUUCUCGGAAUAAUGCAGCAACAUUAUACAGAUGUUGUUUGUGUAAGAAACUUUUAACAAAAGAAACAGAAAGGAGAAUUCCUUGUAUUCCUGGAAAAAUCAAUGUGGAUCAACAUGGAAAUAUUAUCUACAUUCACAUAAGAGAUAAGACUUGGGAUGUUCAUGAAUAUUUGAAUAGUCUUUUUGAAGAAUUAAAGUCUUGGAGAGAUGUAUAUUGGCGUUUGUGGGGAACUGUCAACUGGCUAACUUGUUCAAGAUGUUAUCAGACUUUUCUGUGUAUAGAAUUUUCACAUUGUCAGUAUCACUCGGAAACAGUGGUUUACCCUACCACAGCAAAUUCGCUUACUAUCAUUGGCACUGGAAUUUAUCCCUGCUGUAACCAAAAGGUUCUUCGGUUUGAUCCCACUCAGCUUACAAAGGGCUGUAAAGUGAGGGACCACAUGGUUGCUCUUCAUGAUCAAGGUGAAGGUGGAGAUUUGCUAUCCUGCCCGACUGCUAGAAUACUGGAUGAUCUACACAAGCACAAAGAUGUCAUUAUUGUGCCUUUUUCUAAAGAUGCAAUUAGCGAUUCUGGGCUUGGUCCUUCUGAUGAAAAAGGGCUGGACUGUGAUGUUUUGCUGGAGCCCAAUACACCAUGGGGCCCCAAAAGUGGGGAGCUUAAUGCUUUUUUGUCAGUGAAAAACUGGACUCUGCAGCUGAAGCAGCAGUCGUUAUUUUCAGAAGAAGAAGAAUAUACCACUGGAUCUGAGGUUACUGAAGAUGAAGUUGGUGAUGAAGAAGAAGUAUCCAAGAAACAAAGGAAAAAGGAGAAACCAAAGAAGUUCACUAAACAACCGAAAAAACAGAUGUCUUCACCCUGUGGUCAAAAAAAAGAGAAGGCAUUGGAAAAGUCAACUUCUAGAGAUGUGUCUCCUUUCGUUGUGAGUAUGCAGAAAAAUAAGUGGGAUGCCACAAGAUCAUUGAGAUUCAAUCAGGAUGCACAAAGGGAAGAUGACCAGCGACGGAUGUCUGAAAUUACAGGACACCUAAUAAAGAUGAGAUUAGGUGAUCUAGACCGUGUCAAGUCAAAGGAAGCAAAAGAAUUUGCAGGAGGUAUUUACUCCAGGCUAGAAGCACAAAUCAAGGCCUCAGUGCCAGUCAGUGCACGGCAAACCAACUCAGAGAAAAACACAAGGUCUAAAAAUCGUUUUGGUCAAGGGCGUCCUGUAUAAAGCACCUUCAGAUAUAACUGAAAAGACAGAAGACACACCUCUAGAUGUCUGAAAUUGCUCACUUCUUGAAGAUCUUCAGACUGAUGACUUUAAAAUGUGUUAUUAAUCAUUCAUGCAAACCACAUAAAUGCUAAGGGUUAUAUGGUUAGUUCUUAUGAAAUCUAAUUGUAAAUAUGAAACUUCUUAACUCUGAUUUUCCUUAGUGUGAUCUAGACUGUGUAGAAAAUUAGUAUUUAUAAAAUUGCAUAGUUAAGGGAUUCCUAAUAUUUGUUAUCCUUUAUUUAUUUAUUUGAAAGAGAAGAGACCCAAAUUCUCAAGUAGCUAAGCUAUUUUUAAAGCCUUAGGGGAGGAGAGCUGGUAGUGCUGCCAUGCAUAUGCACUGACUGUGGUAUGUCUUUUGGGCUGUAAAUCUUGGGAUACCAUUGAGGACUACAGUUUUUGUGAUAAAAUUUCCAGUGAUUCUAAUAUUAAGUUUGCAUGAAUACUAAGGAGUGACAGACCUCAAGACUGCAUUAAAUAAAGUUUCAAGGUGAGGUAUUACCUGUGUUGGGUAGAAGAGUUCGUUUUUUUCAGCAUUAUUCCAUGGAAAGCACAAUGUUAAUCCAAUCGUUUUUUUUUCUUUUGGUUUUUAAUGCUUAUCUGUUGGUCAUCUAAAGUGGCAUUUCUAAUUAUUACCACUUUCAUCUAUGAAGCCAGUGUCAUUCUGAAUUUCUUAAAAUAACUGUUGAAAGUUUUGGCAUAGUAAAUCAUUUCAGUUGUGUGACACCCCAACUCUGCGGUUCUCGGGGCUCUGAAUCCCAACCAUAUUUUUGUAGCCCUUUAAAGCAGUUAUUACUAACCAAGCAGAAAGAGUGCUCAGGAAAAAUUUGUUUCACACAGAAGCAUAUGAGAAGCUACGUUUAGAAAUUACAUAUAGCAUAAGUCUCUGAAAAACUUUAAGAUGCACUGUUUGUAUUUUUAGUCUUCAUUUGCCUUAUAGUUGAAAUUCUUUAAAUUUUUUAGAGGACAGGCUUUGAUAAUAUGUAACAGAAAGGCAGUUUCUGUUGAAAUGCUGAAGUGUUACUUUCAGUCUACACUGAAUGUAACAAAUCAUUUUUAGUGAGUGUUUCAGUUGAUAAAUGAAAUUAGAUAUUUGAUAUUAUAUGACUUUGCCAUGGUUUUUGAACUUGUUUGGGAAUUUUGUUCCAUUUUAUGCAUUUUUCCAAGUUGUUUGAUAUUUUUGAAGUGGAUUAUAAGACUUUUUAUUUUAAAAGAAAUUGUUUUGCAGCAUAUUAUCUACCUGUUAAAUACCAGAGUUUUGUUGUAGUUUAUUAUAUUAUUCUCUAAUUAAAAAGAUUUAGGUAUGUACAUGUAUUUAGUGUUGUGAUGGUCACAGGUUAGAAAAAGAAAAUACACUAAUACACUUUCGGGCCUCCCCUGGUGGCGCAGCGGUUGAGUGCUGGGCUGCAAGGCUGCCCGCAGCCUCUGCAGCACCGGUUCGUUCCCCGGCCACCAGCGAGGGUCCCACAAAAAAAAAAAAAAAAAAAAAAAAAACAACACUUUCUUCAUUUUUAACUGAUGACAGCAAAGCAAAUUACUUCUCCUCUGGGGGGUGGACUGUACCACUGAUUUGAUUUUUAUAAACAAUUUAAUUAUCUUCAGAAUGUGCUUUUUUAUUAUGUCAAUUUUUGUUUAUAAUACAUAGCACAGUUACCACAAACAUUUAAAUCAAACUCUAUGGCAUUUCUUUUACCAAGUACUUUUUUAAAAUUUAUUUACUUAUGCAUACAAGAACUGGGUACAGGCUAGAGAUGCAGGAGUAAGAGGAUUCACCAGAGACAGUGGGGAACAGAACAGGCAGACUCACUGAAAUACACUGCUGAGGGGAGCAGCAGGCAAGACAAGAGAGGUCUGCUGUGCCAUGUGGGUAGCUCCCUGGCUGGGGAUCAAACUCAUGCUGCAGAGGCUGCAGAUUGCUUCACAGUGCUGUGCUUAACCCCUUCCGCCACCAGGAGGCCCACUUUUGCCAAAUACUUUUGAGAUUUUACC